AUGGAGGCUGAUUGUCCCAUACCUCAACAUGGAGAGAACACAGUUCUCACAGAAGAAUCCCUCCUAAAAAAUUCAUUCCCUGAUGGUACUGUGAUCACAUAUGAGUGCAGAAAUGGAUAUUACAAAGUAAGUGGCACUGGGACGAUGAACUGCGUCGAUGGGAAGUGGACCGAGCCAGAUAUCAUCUGCAGUAAGAAAGACUGUGGUCUCCCUGAAGCACAACCACACAUGCUAUUUGACACCAGCGAAGGUACUCAGUUUGGUGCAAUGGUUAAAAUAACCUGUGAAGAAGGUUACCGGGUCAUUGGAUGGAACUACAGACUGUGCAUGGACAAAGGGUGGUAUGGAAAGGGAGACUGUGUCCUUGUUACUUGUCCCAUCCCGACCAAAGUGGAAAAUGGCGAACAUUCUUGGAGUAGUGACGAUAAACCAGAAUAUCAACAAACGAUACAUUUCUCGUGUAACACAGGAUACACUAUGGUUGGGAAUAAAACCAUUAGGUGUACUAAAACUGGCAAAUAUGAUUUUGGGCCACCACAAUGCAUCGCUUUUUGCCCCAUACCUAAAGGUGGAGAGAACAUGAAUCUCACUGAUGAAUCCCUCCUAAAAAAGGAUUUCCCAGCAGGUACCGAGGUCACAUAUGAGUGCAUAAUUGGAUAUGAAAAAGUAAGUGGCACUGGGAUCAUGAAAUGCGACGAUGGGAAGUGGACCACGCCAGAUAUCAUCUGCAGGAAGAAAGACUGUGGUCUCCCUAAAGCACAGCCA